AUGUCGUUGGCUGAAGAACUUAUGGCCGACUUCGACGAUGAUGAAGAGGAUGUAGAGGACAUGGAUGCCGAUGAUGAUGUCAAGAAAGAGGAGGAAAUCGAAGAAGCCACUGAAAUUCCUAUGCAACUUUACAGUUCAGUCUUCGAUGUAGCCAAGUUAUCGGCUACGGAAAAUUACCGAUCAUUGGUACUCUCGCUUCAUCAUGAGUUAGGACGAGUGGAAGACGUUCAUGUUACAGCUCCUUUAGAAGCUGAUCCUCAAUAUCAACUUAUAGUGAAACUAUCCCAUCUCGCUGCCGAUAUUGACAACGAAAUCCACGUGAUCCAUAAGUUUGUAAGGGAUAAAUAUGAGAAAAGAUUCCCCGAAUUAGAAACUCUAGUGCCUAUUCCAUUGGAAUACUUGGCUGCCGUUAAAUUGCUGGGAAACGAAAUCAAUACAAAAGGACAGAAUAAAGAACUACUUGGACAAAUCUUAGCCCCUGCAACCUGCAUUGUUGUUUCGGUUACUGCUUCGACAACUCAAGGAAAGGUUUUAGAAUCAGAAGAGCUCCAUGCCAUUAAUGAAGCUUGUGAUCUGGCUGAACGCCUUCAUAACGAUCGUAUUUCUAUGUACAGGCUGAUCGAGUUGAGAAUGUCGUUAAUAGCUCCAAAUUUGGUUCACCUGCUAGGAGCACACACCACUGCUUUACUAGUCUCUCAAGCUGGAGGAUUAGCUCCAUUGUCAAGAAUGCCGUCGUGUAAUAUUCAAGUUUUGGGUAAACAGAAGAAGAGUUUGUCUGGAUUUUCUUCUUCUAUGAUUAAUCAGCAUGUCGGAUUCAUUUAUUACCAUCCACUGGUUCAAACGUUGCCACCUGAUUUGAAGCAAAAAGCCAUGAAAGUUCUUGCUGCAAAAACUACUCUGGCUGCUCGUGUUGAUUCUCUUCACGAAUCUCCUGAUGGUUCCAUUGGGCGAGAAUUAUUAGAACAGGUGGAGAAAAAGUAUGAGAAGAUGCAGGAACCUCCUCCAGUUAAGCAUUCGAAAGCUCUUCCCAAGCCAUUAGAUAAAGCAAGCAAAAAAAGAGGAGGAAGAAGAGCUCGUAAAAUGAAAGAAAGGCUUGGUCUAACAGAUUUGAGAAAGAGUGCAAAUCGUAUGAAUUUUGGAGAACUUGGUGAGGAUGUUAUGCAAGACCACAUGGGAUUCGAUCUUGGCCAGGCUAAAACCGGGAAUGUCACUGGAGGUCGUAUUCGCACAGCAGUGGUCGACAAUAAAACAAGAGUUCGAAUGUCUCAAAAACUUCAAAAGCAGAUGGAACGACAAAGAGCUCUGGGCGGAGUUUCAAGUGUUAGAAGCAAAGUGGCUGGAACAGCUUCUUCAGUUACAUUCACGCCUGUGCAAGGUUUGGAAAUUGUGAACCCUACUGCAAAAGAAACUUCUGGCAGUUCCACGUCAACAUAUUUCUCAUCAUCAGCAACAUUCAUGAAAGUUGAGCCCAAGAGAGAAUAA